CCCCCACCAGCGAACCCACUCACCUGACGCUGGAGGACGUGACGGACACCACGGCCACCCUCAAGUGGCGCCCCCCGGAGCGCCUGGGGGCGGGGGGCAUCGACGGAUACCUGGUGGAGUGGUGCCGCGAGGGGGACACGAACUGGACCCCCGCGAACACGGAGCUGGUGGAGCGCUGCGGGCUCACGGUGCGCGGUUUGCCCACGGGGGAGAAGCUGCUGUUCCGCGUGGUGGGCGUGAACAUCGCGGGCCGCAGCCCCCCGGCCACCAUGGCCCAGCCCGUCACCAUCCGAGAGAUCGUCGAGCGCCCCAAAAUCCGGCUGCCCCGGCACCUGCGGCAGACGUACGUCAGGAAGGUGGGGGAGCAGGUGAACCUGGUCAUCCCCUUCCAGGGUAAGCCCCGCCCCCAGGUGACGUGGACGAAGGAGGGCGGGCCCCUGGGCGAGGACGUGCACGUGCGCACGUCGGACCGGGACACGGUGUUCUUCAUCCGCGCCGCCGCCAGGGGGCACUCGGGGCGCUACGGGCUCAGCGUGCGCAUCGAGGGCAUGGAGGACACGGCCGAGAUGCGCCUGCGCAUCGUCGAGAAACCAGGGCCCCCCCAGAAGGUGCAGGUGAAGGAGGUUUGGGGGUUCAACGCCCUGGUGGAGUGGGCGCCCCCCGAGGACGACGGCAACGCCGAGAUCACCGGCUACACCAUCAUGAAGGCCGACAAGAGAACCAUGGAGUGGUUCACGGUGUACGGGAGUUCGGCCCCGUUGCACGGCCCCCGGAGCUGCCCCGUGAUCCCCAGAACCACUCAAAGCAUCUCCAAAGCGGAGCUGCGGCUGAAGCCCCCCCAGUAUCAGGAGCGCGAUUUUCGCUCGGCCCCGCAGUUCCUGACGCCUCUGGUGGAUCGCAGCGCCGUGGCCGGAUACUCCACCGCCCUCAACUGCGCAGUCAGGGGGCACCCCAAGCCCAAGGUGGUGUGGCUGAAGAACCAGGUGGCCAUCGGGGAGGACCCCAGGUUCCUGGCGCGGCACAGCCAGGGCGUGCUGACGCUGCUCAUCCGCAAGCCGGGGCCCUUCGACGGCGGCACCUACACCUGCCGCGCCGUCAACGAGCUGGGCGAGGCCCUGACCGAGUGUCGCCUCGAAAUCCGGGUGCCCCAGUGACGGCGACAAAAA